GUCGUGUUAACCCGUCGUCAUUCUUCUUGUCUUCCACAAAGAUUGCAGGCUGCAGAGGCCACGGCCCUUCCAUUCCUCUAUGAACUCUUCUGACGACUCAUAAUGAUGGCAAACAACAAUGAACCCUUCCAGCAACAACCAGUAGCUCGGUCUUUGACAAUAAGCUCCCCACGUAUGAUGUCGCCCCGAUCUCACCGCACACAUCGAUCACGACGUUCACCUCGACAAGGACUUGCAGAGGACCACAGUAUUGAGAAAGAACUCGAGGUGGGCCAAGCUGCACGCGCAGCUGAGAAUCUCACCAUGCCCGAUAAUUCCAAUACAUUCAACAUUGAUCCAGGUGCUUCAUUUCUGGCACCUGCAGGGGAGGAUACUAUUCGGGACAUCGAGGCGCAGCAUGCUCAUGAGAGGGAAGAAGAGGCAUUAGAAGGGAGAGAUGGUAAUAGAUUCGUAGGGGGAUUCGUCUUCGACCGUCUGAAGAGGGCAGUCCAGGGGGCUUCCAUUCAGUGGGGGUCUGGCAGUCGACGAGCCCAAGGUGUUGGUGACACUUACACCCCACCAUAUGCUGUAAAUAGUCGAACCAGUGUCGCUGAACCCUCACAUCAACCCGAGUACUCCUCCUCCUCAGACGACACUACACAUUAUCCGGCCACAACGGAGGAGGGCACGACGGCUAUAGACCACGCCAUGCCCCAGCCGCAAUAUAUUGAGCCUCAACCCAUUGUUAUCGGAAGUCCGGAAUUCGUGGAGCCUCUUCCUGCAGAGGACUAUCGCAAAAUGAAAUCCCCUUCUCCACCUCCAGACGACUUGACAUUCGCAUCUUAUUUUUCGAGGUUCAAAAAGCUCAUCAAAGAUGUAAACGCUUUACCUUGGGUUGCCUCAGAGCGUAUCACCGUCGACUACUACCCUGGUCAAUCUAAGAGACGCGAAAAUUCCAAGCGCGGAGGUCACAAUCAUCAUCGUUCUGCCAUUUCGUUGUCCUGGUAUGGUGAAAACUACAUACCGCCUGGAACUCUAGAUAAACGCCAGGUGGAUUUGACGGCUGGAGAGUCUCCUGAGGUCAAAAUGAAUGGGAAGGGUCUCCAAUCGGGCCCUGGCUCAAGCGGCCACGGAUAUGGAGACCAAGGAUACUAUACCUCUGAGAACGGGCAAAUUUGGCCUGCAAUAUCGGCGGUUUAUCCAUCUGGUGCUCGAGAAACUCCCUUAAACCCAGAUAUCGACUACCUUCCUGAUCACCUACACACACACACACCCCAGGCCCAGCUUCCAUCUCCUCCCAUCGGUAGCCCACCUACAUUCAAUCACGAUAUUUACUACACAAACCAAGCUGGACAAACUUGGCCUGUGGUAGCUCCUGGACAUGGUGCGCAAGGCAUCCCACCGGUGUCGUAUUCUCCCAUGGCAGGCCCCUCUCGUUAAGGUCUAUUAUAUAGCUUGGAGCUCGGAUAACGUUCAGACCUCGCAUCUCGAUUUCGAUUUACUUGUAGACGCUACAUUACUGUCGCUUUAUUUUAAGGACCUGGACGACUCAGGAAACACAUCUGAAUGGAAUUUUAUACACACAUUAGAUGAGAUAAGAUGUACUUUGCUAGAUCGUGCUAUUUCGUCUGCCUAGGGAAAUGGGGCUUUUUCCAUUGUGCUA